AUGUAUUGUCUAAAUGCAUUUAAAUCUCUUUUAUUCAAAGAAAAGCUAAAGCAAAAAUAUUGGUAUGUGACCAUGCAAGACUGUCAAUGCAACCAAGACAACACUAAUCAUUAUCAGCACAGCCUACACUGGACUGCAGUGCUCUCCAAAGGAUUGGGAAAAUGCAUUACAGACAACCUGCCUGACUUUUCAAUGAGCAUAAGAGGCCCUCUAACCUAUGCAGGUUUCCUGAUUACGCCUAUAGAAAAUGCUAGUGUGUUUUUGCUCACUCCAUAUGUAACAGGUGCCCUUAUGUUGUGCUGUAUCCUGUGCUUUUUCUGUGGGACCAUUCCAUUCAAGAACAAAGAGCACCAUGAUUCCAAUCUGUGUGUAUUUACUAACCCUUCCCUGAGGUUUGUGUAUGUUGGAUAUUGUGGUGUUUUAGAUCACUGA